CUAAAAUGGUGGUUUGUUGGAGGUCAAAGUCAAAACCCCAGGCAAUAAAUUAGAAAACCGAACAAAAAACUUAAAUUUCCAGCAAAAAGAAUAAAAUACCUCCGAAGAAUUUUGUUGUAUAAUUUUCAUGGGUAUUUCCAAACGGAAGUUUUCUUCUUGUGUAAUUUUCUUCUUCUUCUAUUUUGCUUGCACAACAAAAGAAGCCAUCACAACUUGUUAAUCCUAGUUUCAAUCUCUUUCUGUAUUUCUAGAUCUAUCCUUUAAAAAAAAAAAAAAACUUUUCUUUCUUUUUCAAAACGCCAAGACUUGUAAACACUUUCGAAGAUUGGCUCUUUGUUUGAUUGUUACUUUUAGGGCAUAUCUAAUGAUGGGUUUUUGGAUUUAAGGUUAUAAAUUGGAGGAUCAUCCAAAUUUCUCUUUUUGAUUCACAAGAUUAAUGUUGUCUGCAUCCAUCAAUGUGUCUUUGUUAUGUGAAACUUAUAUUUUGGGGUUAAACAUUGAGAAGAGAGCGGAACUGAAACUGUGUUUGUGUAAAGUUGUUAAUAUUGAGUUGAUGAAUAAUUUGAUUGCUGGAUCAUUUGGAUGAUAAUAUGUAAGUGAUGGUGUCAGCUACAAUUUUGAAAAUUGUUUCACCUUGUUGGAAGCCUGUGGUUGAGGAUGAAAAUUCUAGUGAUGGAGAAGGUUCUAGUCAGGUAGAUGGAUUGUUGUGGUACAGAGAUUCAGAACACCAGGGCAGUGGGGAAUUUUCUAUGGCAGUAGUUCAAGCUAAUAGUCAGUUAGAAGACCAUAGUCAAUUAGAAUCAGGACCUUUGAGUUUGCAUGAAUCAGGGCCGCAAGGAAUUUUUGUCGGUAUUUAUGAUGGCCAUGGAGGUCCAGAUGCUGCUCAGUUUGUAAAUCAACACCUUUUUGACAAUAUCAAGACUAUUCAUGAUGCAGAGUUUACAGCUGAAAGUGAUGGGAUGUCUGCUGAUGUUAUCACUAGAGCAUUUUUAGCAACAGAAGAGGAAUUCCUUUUUCUAGUGGAGCAGCAGUGGCUAAGGAAGCCGGAGAUUGCCUCCUCUGGUUCAUGUUGUUUGGUAGGUAUUAUCUGUAGUGGAAUGCUAUACAUUGCUAAUGCAGGUGAUUCUAGGGUGGUAUUAGGAAGACUGGGAAAUAAUGUUAAAGAGGUCAAGGCUGUUCAGUUAUCAAAUGAGCAUAAUGCAAGUAUAGAAUCUGUGAGAAAGGAAUUGCAGUCAUUGCAUCCCAAUGAUCCACAGAUUGUUGUUCUAAAGCACAAAGUUUGGCGUGUGAAGGGUAUCAUACAGAUUUCAAGAUCCAUUGGUGAUGCUUAUCUAAAGAAGGCAGAGUUUAACAGAGAGCCUCUUUUACCUAAGUUUAGAGUGCCAGAGCCCUUCUAUAAGCCAAUCCUUAAAGCGGAGCCGACAAUAUUGGUGCAGGAACUGUGCUCUGAAGAUCAAUUUCUUAUAUUUGCAUCAGAUGGCCUGUGGGAGCACCUAAGCAAUCAGGAGGCAGUGGACAUUGUCUGCAGCUAUCCACGUAAUGGCAUUGCAAGGAAGCUUGUGAGCGCUGCACUGCGUGAAGCAGCAAAGAAAAGAGAAGUGAGAUACUCUGACUUGAAGAAAAUUGAUUGCGGGGUGAGGAGACAUUUUCAUGAUGAUAUCACUGUCAUAGUUUUGUUUAUUGAUUCCUAUAUGAUCAGUCGCAGUUCCUGGCACGGCCCAGUGCUUUCAGUUAAAGGAGCUAGUGGUGGUGUGUGUGGAGAUGCCGACACAUAAGUCAAGAGGUUCUAAGCAUCCUUUCAUUUUUGUAUUCCUCACUUGUAUGAAAACAACCUUUCUCAAAGAUUGGACUUUUGGAGAAAAAAGGAAAUUCAUUGUAUAGCCUCAAAUCUUGGAAACUUAUUUUCAUAGUGUUAAGAUACUUUGUGGACGGUGGUUAGACGGAUGAAAUGCCCGUGAAAAUUUUUCUAUUGAAUUUGUUUGUUGAUUGA